GGAUGAUCUCCGAGAACGUUUUUCAGCCGUAGACGGCCCGAAAUUACACCAAGUCAAAACUGAUUUGGCAAGGUGUACACAGGCCAAAGGGAUGUCAAUUGGUAUGUAUUAUGCCAAAUUGAAAAUUCUGUGGGAUGAAUUAAACAAUCAUGAACCAAUAAUUGAAUGUAAAUGUGGCCGUUGCACUUGUAACGUGGGAAAGCAACAUGAAAAACGCAGGGCAGAUGAACGUUUUCAUCAGUUUCUUAUGGGACUAAAUGCUGAAAUUUUUUGUCCUAUUCGGUCACAGCUUCUCACGCAGGUUCCACUUCCGACUCUGAAUCGCGCAUAUCAACACACCGUGCAGGAAGAACGCGUGAGGGGCAUGACUGCUGGUUCGGAAACACCGGAUAUUCUCGGUUUUGCUGUCAAAACUGAUGGACGUGCAUACGGGCGCGGAACUAAAAUUGACAAGACCGGCUUAGUUUGCUCUUACUGCAAAUACACCGGCCAUGAUGUGAAGAGCUGCUUCGAGCUAAAGGGGUAUCCCGAUUGGUGGGGGGAUAGACCCAGGGCCGACACUAAAACUGCAGGUCGCGGCAAGGGAAUACCGAAGGGGACUGGACGAGACAAAUCAAUGGCUAAAGCUCACGCAGCAGUGGCAGACACCAUUCUGCCACAGGAACCAGCCGCAUGUGAUAAAACAGCAGGUACACCAUUACCUGGGUUCUCCCCAGAGCAAUGGCAGGCUUUGAUAACGGCCUUUGGUAACCCACAAUCAUCGUCUGGUCGCAUGGCAGGACCGAGUAUCGAGGAAGCUGAUUGGAACGGGUGAGAGGAGAAAUGGGUUGUACUAUCUUCAAGAUUCACCUACUGCCCGCAUUUUGACAGUUGCAAGUAGCAAAAAUUCUAUCUUUG